GUGCGAAGGUUGAUGGUUUUUAUUACAAGCGGUUGACAUUUUCUUUAUUUGGGUUUAAAGUGUUUCAGCCUCAUACACCCCCGUAUUCACAGGGAACCUUCCUUCUUCCUAUACACUUUCUUUCUUUCUUUCUUUUCCAGAAACUAAUUAAUUUUCAAUUCUUUCUUUCGCACACGCUUUGCCGACAUUCAUUGUAAGACUCCUUUUUUGACGUUUCAUCAACUUUUCCUUCAUAAAAACAAAUAACAAAACAAUGUUUCAGUAAUUGUAAACAAACGAUGGUUAUGGAUCAUUCUGAUUUAGCGAUUGCGUAUCCUCUUUCUGCCAUUGCCGAAGCCUUUGAGGAUCUUUCCACAAAGGUUCAAGGAAUCAAGAAUGGUUCCUCCACUCAACAUAUUCGCUUAGACUCUUUCUGUGAAAUCGCUUCCCUUGUUUCUGUUCUUUUUCGUUGUCUUGGUCUUGCUUUCAAAUUCGCUGAAAUGGAAUACGUUGCCAAGCUACAUGGACUAGUGGAAGCAUCAAAGACGUAUCAGACUCUACAAGAUGUAAUUGACCAUGAUGUAGCCCGUGACACAGUGAAAACAUCCGGAAGCUAUUCACGUAAUCUACGUAGAGUUCGCCAGGGCCUUGAUCUCGUUAGAGCUAUAUUCGAACAACUUUUGUCAACUAGUGAUAUUUAUCUAAAAGAAGUGGCUUCAACAGCUUAUGGAGAGGUUUGUGCACCGUAUCAUUCAUGGGGAGUCAGAACGGCUGUGUAUGCUGGAAUGUAUACACUUCCAACGAGAGACCAACUUUUUGUAAAGCUCAAUGAAACAGAGCAAUCAGCGGAGAAGAAGAUGAGAAGGUACAUUACUGCCUCACGUCCAGUUAUAGAAUACAUUGAUAAAAUGUACCUUACUCGAAAUAUUGCAUUGGACUGGUGAGUUCUAGCAGAGGCAGUGAUGUGUUCCAUUGGUAUAGCAGUACAAUGCUUCAUUUUUUGUUAUAGUCGAUCUGUACGGUUUAAUUAGUCAGUUUCUCUGCGGCUAUUUGGAGAUUUAGGGAGAUACAAAAAUUAGGAUUUUGCUAAAACGGUUACAUUGAUGUAUUAUUUGUUUCUGUAUAUACAUAAUCUAUUUGGAGGACAUAAACAGUGAUUUCUAAUUCCCUUGAAAGAGCAAAUAAUGAAAUUUGGAAGGUUGUUCAGUG